UCGACUGACAGCCCUAGUGUGAAUGGAGAAGAAUGAGGUGAAAGGCUUCACAAAGACCAGGAUGAGACCAGUGUGACAGGAAGUGCACAUUUGAAUGUUUAUUCUGUGAUAACCAAUCAGAUGCAUUUGUCAAUGUGACAUACAUUAUAGUGGCCACCUCCUUUACUCACUCAAAUACCACGCAAGUUUCCGAAGAAGAGACAAUUUGAAGAUGAUCCUGUUCUGGGUUACACUGCUUGUUCUUCAUCGAGGAUGUAAGUGCAAACAAUUCAGUUAAGACUUUGCAUGCAAACAUGGAGGUUUUUGCAUGAUACAUUUUAUACUGUACAUCAUAUACUAAUUGUCAUUUAUUGUUUCACAUAAUGUUUUCAUUUAUUUCAGAUACGCUGGUUCCAGUGACCACAGUUCUACUUGGCGAACCUGCAACCUUCACGUGUGCUCUGCCGAACAUUGUGAUCACCCGUAGAGAGAUCAACUGGUACAAGCAGAGUGCCAGGGAGACACUGCAAUUAAUGGUGACGCUGCGUACAUCUGCAAAACCUGAGUAUGAACCAGAGUAUGCACCGCAGUUCUCUGAAUCACGAUUGGAGGUAAACAAUGAUGACAGUUUUAGCAACCUGACCAUUCUGAGGACAAUCCAAGAAGAUGAGGGACUGUAUCACUGUGAAAUCGCAGAGUGGAUGAAAAAUCCUGAAUGGAGUGGGACAUAUCUGUCACUAAAAGGAAACACUCGGAGGACAUCAAACUGUACGUCCACAUGUGGGACGAUAUUGAUUGGAGACGGAACUAAAGUGGAAAUCGAGCGAACAGCAAGAUAUGAAUUUAUUGCGCUGGUGAUAGCAACAGUGUGCUUGGUCAUUUCUGUGAUUGCAAACAUCGUUUUCAUCUGUUGCCGAACUUCAAGAGCAGUAGGUUCACGAUUUAAAGGAAUAGAAAGCGCCGCUUCGCAAGCGAGACAUGACAACUCAAGCCUACCGCUACAUGAUUUUACUGAAGGUGGACCUGAGCUGAACUACGCUGCGUUGCAUUUCUCUGGAAAGAAAGCCACAAGAGGAAGGAAGAAGAGAGAGUUGAACACUGAAGAGAGUGUGUACUCUCAAGUUAAAUGCUGAAUGUGAAUAUGAGUCCACAACGAAACUGUGGUUUAGUAGUAAUAGUACAGACCUCUGACUGUAAAUGUUGUGGGUUCCCCUCAGUUGUGUUACUAUUCCUACUACUGAAUGUAUCCCUAAAUGCUUCAUGGUGAAAAUGUCUUCAGUUCUAACCGUGUCAUACUAGCUUGUCACGAAGGAGGCUAAAUAACGCUCCAAAGUUAAUA